UCCCGCUCCUCCCGCCGCCGUGGGCCGGAGCCGGGCUGCGGAGCGGCGGGCCUGGGCGUCUGCGGCCGCGGGCGCGCGGGGGGCGGCGGCGCCGAGAAGAGGAUGCUGCUCGCAGCACCCGGGUCCUCGCGGUCCUCCCGGGCCGCCCGCGGGGGUUUCGUUGUGGCCCUGGCGCCACGGGCCGCCCCCUGGUGAAGUCGCUGGUGCCAGCCUCACCUAGCGGGCGGGCGGGCGGGCGCGCGUGUGGCCGGGAGUACGCGCCCGUGCGCGCCAGUGUGCAGGACCCGACCCUCGGCCCCUUUGUGCGUCCGCCGUCGGCGGCUGGGACCAUGUGGGUGAACCCCGAGGAGGUGCUGCUGGCCAACGCGCUGUGGAUCACGGAGAGGGCCAACCCGUACUUCAUCUUGCAGCGGAGAAAGGGGCACGCCGGCGACGGAGGCGGCGGUGGCGGACUGGCCGGCCUCCUGGUGGGUACCCUUGAUGUUGUGUUGGACUCCAGUGCCCGGGUUGCUCCUUACCGAAUCCUGUACCAGACUCCAGACUCUCUGGUCUAUUGGACCAUCGCCUGUGGUGGCUCCAGAAAGGAAAUCACUGAACAUUGGGAAUGGCUGGAGCAGAAUCUACUGCAGACGCUCUCCAUCUUCGAAAACGAGAAUGAUAUCACCACAUUUGUGAGAGGAAAAAUACAGGGCAUCAUUGCAGAGUAUAACAAAAUCAAUGACAUCAAGGAAGACGAUGACACAGAAAAGUUUAAAGAGGCCAUCGUGAAAUUCCAUAGGCUGUUUGGCAUGCCUGAAGAGGAGAAGCUUGUCAACUAUUACUCUUGCAGCUACUGGAAGGGGAAGGUCCCCCGGCAGGGUUGGAUGUACCUCAGUAUUAACCACCUGUGCUUCUACUCUUUCCUUAUGGGGAAGGAAGCCAAGCUGGUAAUCCGGUGGGUGGACAUCACUCAGCUUGAGAAGAACGCCACGCUGCUCUUGCCCGACGGGAUCAAAGUGAGCACACGCUCCAGCGAACAUUUCUUCUCCGUGUUCCUCAAUAUCAACGAGACGUUCAAGCUGAUGGAGCAGCUUGCCAACAUAGCUAUGAGGCAACUCUUAGACAACGAAGGCUUUGAGCAAGAUCGAUCCCUGCCCAAACUGAAGAAGAAAUCUCCCAAAAAGGUGUCUGCCCUGAAACGUGAUCUCGAUGCCAGGGCAAAGAGUGAGAGAUACCGGGCCCUAUUCCGGCUGCCCAAAGAUGAAAAAUUAGAUGGCCACACAGACUGCACCCUCUGGACUCCGUUUAACAAAAUGCACAUUUUGGGCCAAAUGUUUGUCUCCACAAAUUACAUCUGCUUCACCAGCAAGGAGGAAAACCUAUGCAGCCUCAUAAUCCCACUCCGAGAGGUGACCAUUGUGGAGAAGGCCGACAGCUCUAGUGUGCUCCCGAGUCCUCUGUCCAUCAGCACCAGGAACAGGAUGACCUUCCUAUUUGCCAAUUUGAAAGAUAGAGACUUUCUAGUGCAAAGAAUCUCAGAUUUCCUGCAGCAGACGACUUCCAAAAUAUACUUGGACAAAGAGUUUGCCGGAAGCUACAACAGUUCAGAUGAUGAGGUGUACUCUCGGCCCAGCAGCCUCGUUUCCUCCAGCCCCCAGAGAAGCACCAGCUCCGAUGUGGACGGAGAGCGCCAGUUCAACCUGAAUGGCAACAGCGUCCCCACAGCCACACAGACCCUGAUGACCAUGUACCGGCGGCGGUCUCCUGAGGAAUUCAACCCCAAAUUGGCCAAAGAGUUCUUGAAAGAGCAAGCCUGGAAGAUUCACUUUGCUGAAUAUGGGCAGGGGAUCUGCAUGUACCGCACAGAAAAAACCCGGGAGCUGGUGUUGAAGGGCAUCCCCGAGAGCAUGCGGGGCGAGCUGUGGCUGCUGCUCUCAGGUGCUAUCAACGAAAAAGCCACACAUCCUGGGUACUAUGAAGACCUAGUGGAGAAGUCCAUGGGGAAGUACAACCUCGCCACGGAGGAGAUUGAGAGGGACUUACAUCGCUCUCUUCCGGAGCACCCAGCUUUCCAGAAUGAAAUGGGCAUUGCUGCUCUGAGGAGGGUCUUAACAGCUUAUGCAUUUCGAAAUCCCAAUAUAGGGUAUUGCCAGGCCAUGAAUAUUGUCACCUCAGUGCUACUUCUUUAUGCCAAAGAGGAGGAGGCUUUCUGGCUGCUGGUUGCUUUGUGUGAGCGAAUGCUUCCGGAUUACUAUAACACCAGGGUUGUCGGCGCACUGGUGGACCAGGGUGUCUUCGAGGAGCUGGCCCGGGACUACGUGCCGCAGCUGUACGACUGCAUGCAGGACCUGGGUGUGAUCUCCACCAUCUCCCUGUCUUGGUUCCUCACCCUCUUCCUCAGCGUGAUGCCCUUCGAGAGCGCAGUGGUGGUCGUGGACUGUUUCUUCUAUGAAGGAAUCAAAGUGAUAUUCCAGUUGGCCCUGGCCGUGCUGGAUGCCAACGUGGACAAACUGUUGAACUGCAAGGACGACGGCGAGGCCAUGACCGUCCUGGGAAGGUACUUGGACAGCGUGACCAACAAGGACAGCACGCUGCCCCCCAUCCCUCACCUCCACUCCCUGCUCAGUGACGACGUGGAGCCUUACCCUGCGGUAGACAUCUUCAGACUCAUUGGAACAUCCUACGAGAAAUUUGGAACCAUCCGGGCAGACUUAAUUGAACAGAUGAGAUUCAAACAGAGACUGAAAGUGAUCCAGACGCUAGAGGACACGACCAAACGCAACGUGGUACGAACCAUUGUGACGGAAACUUCCUUCACCAUUGACGAGCUGGAAGAGCUUUAUGCUCUCUUCAAGGCAGAACAUCUGACCAGCUGCUACUGGGGUGGGAGCAGCAACGCGCUGGACCGGCAUGACCCCAGCCUGCCUUACCUGGAGCAGUACCGCAUCGACUUUGAGCAGUUCAAGGGGAUGUUCGCCCUUCUCUUUCCCUGGGCGUGUGGCACUCACUCUGACGUGUUGGCCUCCCGCUUGUUCCAGCUCUUAGAUGAAAAUGGCGACUCCCUGAUCAACUUCCGAGAGUUUGUCUCUGGGCUAAGUGCCGCAUGCCAUGGGGACCUCACAGAGAAACUCAAACUUCUGUACAAGAUGCACGUCUUGCCUGAGCCAUCCUCUGAUCAAGAUGAGCCGGAUUCUGCCUUUGAAGCAACUCAGUACUUCUUUGAAGAUGUCACUCCGGAGUGUACACAUGUUGUUGGAUUGGAUAGCAGAAGCAAACACAGUGCUGAUGAUGGCUUUGUUACAGUGAGUCUGAAGCCCGACAAAGGGAAGAGAGCAAAUUCUCAAGAAAAUCGUAAUUACUUGAGACUCUGGACUCCAGAAAAUAAGUCUAAAUCAAAGAAUGCAAAAGAUUUACCCAAAUUAAAUCAGGGACAGUUUAUCGAGCUUUGCAAGACAAUGUACAACAUGUUCAGCGAGGACCCUAACGAGCAGGAGCUGUACCACGCCACGGCGGCGGUGACCAGCCUCCUGCUGGAGAUCGGGGAGGUGGGCAAGCUCUUCAUCACCCCGCCGGCCAAGGAGGGCACAGGCGGCGGGCCACCCUGCCACCAGGGCAUCCCGGGCGUGCUCUUCCCCAAGAAGGGGCCCGGGCCGCCCUACGUGGUGGAGUCCACGGAGCCGCUGGCCGCCAGCCUGGCCGGCGACGGCGAGGAGCACUCCCUGGGCGGUCAGAUGGAGGACAUUAAGCUGGAGGACUCCUCGCCCCGCGACAACGGGGCCUGCUCCUCCAUGCUGAUCUCCGACGACGACACCAAGGACGACAGCUCCAUGUCCUCCUACUCGGUGCUGAGUGCCGGCUCGCACGAGGAGGACAAGCUGCACUGUGAGGACAUCGGGGAGGACACGGUGCUGGUGCGCAGCGGCCAGGGCACGUCGGCGCUGCCCCGGAGCACCAGCGUGGACCGGGACUGGGCCAUCACCUUCGAGCAGUUCCUCGCCUCGCUGCUCACCGAGCCCGCCCUGGUCAAGUACUUUGACAAGCCCGUGUGCAUGAUGGCCAGGAUCACCAGUGCAAAAAACAUCCGGAUGAUGGGCAAGCCCCUCACCUCGGCCAGUGACUACGAAAUCUCUGCCCUGUCGGGCUGACAGGGCGCCUGCGCAGCGGAGGGGAGCGACUGACCUAUGUUCUGUGUGGGGGUCUCUUUUCCUUUUAAAUUAAAUAUUUGUUAGUAUCUGGCUCGAAGCCUAGUGUUUUCAUAAUGUGAUACAGUAAAAACUGUGGCGAAAUAUCUAAACACCUCAAUGUAGACACUGUACUCUCUUGCUGGGGAAGGGGGGUUCCCAGAAUACCGCUUAUUCAGUGAAUUCCCCCCAAAACAGAUGAAUCUGUCAGUGACGUGUAUUAUAACUUAUUAAUCUUGCUGUUGAACUGUACACAUGGUUUAAAAAAAAUAGUGCUGUUUAAUGCUAAAUAAGGCAGCAGUCGUUUCUGUAUUCGGACUUUUAAAUAAAAUUAGAACUGUAAGAAAAAGGAAAUGCCACAAACACGCAGCUGUUCUUGGCGAAGGUCUUGUUGGCUGGGGAUAUCCUGCACCACUCUAGCAAGUAUUAAGAAUAUUUUUCAAGAUUUGAAAUAUAUUUCCUAAAAAUCCUCUAUUCAAAAACCACAUCCAACAGAUGUUCCCCGUUAAGGGGAAAACAUUUGGGGUUCCAAACAAUAAUGGAAGUGUAACUGAUUUUUUUACAUGGUGGCAAGGGCACUCGUACUUGAUACAAAUACCAGACCAAUUUUACAUUAACAAAUGGUUCUGAUUAUUUAUGUCAUCUGGCCAAAAUCCAUGGAAAGGGAACAGUCUUUUGUUACAGAAAAUGUGCAUGUGGCAGCAGAGAGGAGAGAACUCAGGAUGGGCUUUUUCAUUUUGUUUCAUUCUGUUUUUGAAAGAGUAGAAAUACUGAUGCUUCUGAUACUGGAUUUUUAGCUUCUUGUUAUGCAAAUAAAGCAAAAAAAAAAAAAACCAAAACAAUGGACUGUACCAUUUCCAUACUCUCCAUAGAUUCCAGAAGUUGUACUGUGUCUGGCAUAUGACCAUCUUUUUGUUAAAUCGAUGUAGAGAUCAUGUAAACUGAAAAAAAAAAUCCUGCAAGGUAAUGUAACUAGAUGUUUUGAAACAGGGCUUGUCACCUUAUGUAAAAGAAUAGUAUGCUCUAUUUCCUGAAUGGAUGUGGAAAUGAAAACUAGCACACCUGCACUUUGAAUUCUUGCUUCUUUUUUUUAUUGUUGUUAUGGUUUCAUUUUUUACAGAUGUUGGGAGGUUUUUGUCCUUCUUGAUGAAUUCAAAAUCAUGUUCACAUUUCCUUUGCUUUUUCUGAAUAUUCCUUUCAACACAUUCCUUUAUUUUAUUAUACCUUAUGUCCUCGUUUUAGCUGUUGCUGCUGUAAUUUUUUAUUUUGUUUACAGAACGAUUUUUAAACUGUCAAAUGAAGUAGAGUUAACCUCAAAUAGGAUAAAUGUGAAGAAAUAAAAUACUUCAGAUAUGGCUUUUUA